AUGGUCGGGCUCAAGCUCAUGCGCAACCCGUUCCGGGCGCGGUCGCACUCGGACGGCCUGCCCGAGGACAACAACCAGCUGCUCAAGCCGAGCGAGCUCCCGCCCAAGCGGCUCUCGAGCCUCAACGUCGAGCAGCCCUCGGGCCGGGCCAAGCUGGCGCCGCCACGCCACGGGACGCCCGAGGAAGACGGCGACGACGACGCUGCCCAUCCCGCUCCAUCCAAGAAGACACCCAUGACGCUCAAGGCUGCGUUGGCAUCCACGUCAGGCUUUAUGUACAAGAAGCUCGCCUUUCGACAGAGCCCCGAGAAGAGCGAAGGCGAUGGGCACGACCACACGCCCUGGGACUCGGACUCGGACGAUGUCGAUGGCAUCUUCCCCAACGGCACGGUCGUCGCGACCAAGUAUGGCACCGCGCUCAUCCUCGAGUACCGUCCGGACGACCGCAUGUACGUGGUCAAGACGUUUUGGCACGCGACCGCCUACUUCAACGCCGAGACGGUCGUGCGCGAGGUCAAGUGCAUGAUCGGCGACCGCGUCAAGACGCGCUGGGGCCUCGCGACGGUUGAGAGCUACUACUUGGAUGACGACAUGUAUGGCAUCGCGCUCGAUUGGCGCUGGGACGACGACCACGUGUGGCGCAUGAAGGCGACCACCAAGAUGUUUACGCCGAUCGGGAAAACCAAGUCGCGCGCGCAACUGACCAAGGAGCUCAUGCAAAAGACCGCCGCCGUCGGGUACUCGUCGCUGCGGACGUCGACGUCGACACUGCGCUCGUCGACGUCGAGCAGCUACAACUCGCUCGUGACGCGCAUGUCGUCGAUCAGCACCACAAUGAGUAGUCCCAAGCCUCAUGACGAUGUUCCGGCCAAGGCCCACCCCGCUGUCUGGACGCCGUUUGGCGAAGGCCGCGUGCUCGGGAUCCGCGCCAGCGACGGCAUGGCCAAGGUCAAGCUCUUGUCCGGCCCCACGGCGUAUCUGCUUGCAACUUCGCUCGAACCACUUGCUUUUGGCACCAACGAGCACGUCGCCACGACCUUUGGCGAUGGGUACAUAAGCGAAUACCGCCACACGGACAGCAUGUACACGGUCGUCCUGGCGGCGUCCGGGGUCACGCUGUACACGCAGUCGCUCGAGUCGCUUCUCAAGCCAGCACCGUCCUCGACGACGACGACUAACGCGACAGCAUCGUCGCUCUUCAAGUCGCUGCCCAAGGUGCCAUUCAGCGCGCCCAAGCUCUUUACGGCCGUCGGCCGCAAGGAAAAGUACGCAGUUGGCGACCGACUCAAGAGCCCAUUUGGCACCGUCGUCGUCACCGAGUACCGCGGUGAGGACGACGUGUUUGUGUGCCUCAUGGACGCGACCGCCGGCGUCUUGUACGUCUCGGGCACCAACAUGGAGAGCAUGUUCCCCGAUGCGCUCAACCCGACCAAGAUGACGGCGCUGCUGCAGAUGACGGUCCAAGCGACUAAAAGUCUCCAGACUACGACUGUCCAGUCGGCGUCGGUCUUGCAAAAGACCGUCAUGGACAAGUGGGAGGCGUCGCAAAAGAAAAAGCCCAAGUUUGCCGUCGACGACCGCGUCCUCUGUGGUGUCUUUGGGUCGGGUUUCGUUCUGGACGUGAACGCCGAGACGAGCGUGUACCAUGUCAAGCUCCGGAAGCUUGGGGUCGAGGGCCACUUUCACGAGGCGGCGCUCCGCCCUUUCCCGUACGAUCGCGCGACGCACGUGAUUGUGGGCGAGAAGCACACGUCGGUGCCGAUGGAAACGUACCAGGCGCAGCACAAGAAAUCGCGCAGCGAAAUCAUCAAGAGCUCGAUGGCGGCCAACCGCCAGAGCAAGCAACACCUACCCACUCUCUUCUGA